AUGCCAGCACAAGAUUCUGAGCCAGCGGUCAACGAAGCCGAUCUCAUGUCGACCGCCGCCAUGAACGACUCUGGGACAACAAAACUCCCACUGAGACUUCGAACCAAUGCCACCACAGCCAGUGAGACUGGUGUCUCGGCCCAACCUGCCCAGCAAGCCGUGGCAGGCGAAGGGGAUGGGAACGACAGUGACCAAGAAGAACAAGAUGGUCGGGACUACGGCGAGGUGACCAAUGCCACCCCGGCUGAAACGGAGACAAAGGGGAGGAGGAAGAAGAGAAAGAACAAGAAGUCAAAGGGUAAACGCGGGCUGGACAAGCCCACUGGUUUCGAAGACUACUUUGCAGAUCCUCCCUUGACACCAGCAGAACAUGCUGAGGAGCAAGAACUCUAUCAUCCCGGUCUUCUCUUCGUGGACAGAUUGACCGUGGCCAUAGCACGCUUCGAAAGAACCCGGAAACUCACUCCACAGCGCAGAAAUGUCUUGUACAAAUACCUUUCCUACGGCGGCUUCAGCGUAGGCCCCAGCUUCGGCCAAGGAGGUCAAGAUUCCGAAGGCAUGGACAGGACUCAGAUCGCCCUCGCGCGCACACAGGUUGGCACCAGUGAGGACAAGCGAGACCUGGGCACCGAGACCAGUGUCUGGGAGGUCGACUUCCUCGGCUGCGCCAGGGGCUUCUUGAGCCGUCGCGCGAAGAACAUCUAUGGCCUCGAAACCAAGGACGAGGUCGACGUGGUGUGCACCACCUUGGAGAGGUUUUUGGACUACCUCCUCCAGCACGACGUCUGCCCCGAAUACAAGGAGGACUUGCUCGCGACCCGUGCGCUGUGCCGCAAAGUCGCCCCCGAGCUCUGGGACAUGGCCGAGGCGACGCGCCGCCUGCCAGGAGAGUUCAACAUCGCAUGCUCGACUCUCUUCGACGGCAGCUACGCGCGCAACUACGAUGGAGAAACAUGGUGGGGGAAUCCCGACACCGAAGGAUCCGUCUUCGUGGGGUUGAAGCCGGAAGAAGCACAGCAGAUCGUCAAGUUCGGCGUGGCCGGUGCCGCCACUGAACAGGUGUAUACCGCAUUUCUCGCAGGAGUGCAGGACCAGGCACCGAGGAUGUUGGAUGUCGUGGACACGCAGGAACGCACGGGCUUCGAAGUCACUCGUCUCGAGCCGCCCACCGAGCAAUGCAAGCUCAUCUACACGACGCACUCGCAGCACUUCCGACCGGUGGGCCGCGUGUACGCCAAACCGUGGAAGAACCCCGAUGCGCCACCCGAAGACCUGACACCGUCCGAGCAGGACGCAUUGUCCACUUCAUCUUCCGACCCGGGCGCGGAGACAGAAUACGUUUUCUUCGUCGAGGCCAUCUUCCAGUCCUACCUGCGCGUCGGCACCAAGGUUGAAGCCACCGUGCGGACCCUGGGCUGUGGCAUCGUGUUCUUCGACGAGGUGCUGAACGUGUACCCGUCGUUCGACGAGUUUCUGGUCAACGAGAUGGUGGCGGGGUGGAAAGGCCCCAAGCCGCUCAAGGGCGCGUUGGAUUACGUUCCUGGGUGUGACAGUGAUGGAGAAAACGAUGACGAUGGUGAGGGUGACGAAGAUGGUCUUGGGGAACCUGGGAAGGACGUGGCAGCUGAGGCAGGUGAAAAGGUGCCUUCCGAGUAA